AUGGCCACCGAUAUGCAGAACGGCGCAUUCCGCCACAACAACACGGACGUCCCUGAAGGUCAGCGCGUCAUGCCCCUCUUCUCCCUCAAGGGUCGCACCGCCAUCGUCUCCGGCGCUGGUGCAGGAAUCGGCCUCGCCGUCGCACACGCUCUGGCUGAGGCUGGUGCCAACGUGGCCAUCUGGUACAACAGCAACAAGCAGGCCAUCGCCGAGGCCGAGAAGAUUGAGACGACGUACGGCGUCAAGUGCCGCGCAUACCAGGUCAACGUCGUCUCAUCCGAGGACGUGGAAAAGGCCAUCAACGGCAUUGUCGGCGAGUUCAACGGCCGUCUCGACGUCUUCGUCGCCAACUCCGGCAUCGCCUGGGAGGAUGGCGCCUUUCUUGACGGCCCCGUCGACACAGCCAAGAAGGUCAUGGCCGUCAACGUCGACGGCGUCAUGUGGUGCGCCAAGUACGCCGGUGCUCACUUUCGCCGCCAGAAGACCGAGGGCACCACCGUCGACGGCAAGAAGCUCGACAACUUCAUGGCGGGAAGCUUCAUCGCCACGGCCUCCAUGAGCGGCAGCAUCGUCAACAUCCCCCAGCUCCAGGCCGUGUACAACAGCUCCAAGGCUGCCGUCAUUCACUUCUGCAAGAGCUUGGCUGUCGAGUGGACCGGCUUCGCUCGCUGCAACAGCGUCUCCCCCGGAUACAUCAAGACGGAGAUUUCAGCCUUUGCGGACGCCAACGUCAAGAACCAGUGGAAGGGCAAGACGCCGAUGGGCCGCGAGGGAGAGGUCAAUGAGCUCAAGGGCGCCUUCCUGUACCUUGCGUCCGAUGCCGCCUCUUACACGACCGGUCUCGACAUGAUCGUCGACGGCGGUUACUCUCUCCCUUAA